CACUGCAAAUUCCAGGAUCUAUGGUCAUUCCAAACAAAGGAAGUAGUGAAAGAAAUUUGCUCUGCAUUCAACAUUAGCAAAGAGCACUGUACAAAAUACAUCCAGUUCAAAAACACAUUUAACCUGCUUCACACUGCUGCAUCAUUUAUCAGCAUUCACCAAAAGAGCGUCAGUGUCACUGGUGUGUCAGAUAAGUAUGGGAAGUGCAGUUGGGUGCAGUAUCCUGCUCUGUGGACCCUUAAGCAUGUUGAUUCACUGCCUAAUCCUGAUCCUACUAAUGCGGUGGCUAUGUGGGAUAUGCAGAUUGAUCAUGCUGCUGAGGUGCAGCGUCUGGAGAUAAAGAGGCAAGCUCAGGAAUGGGUAAAUAUCAAGCAGGAUUCCAACUCUGAUCUGUCUGUGUUUGUUGGUCGGUGGUCUAAGCAGAAAGGUGCUGAUUUGAUUGGUGAAGUCUGGAUGUCUUGCUGGAUGGAGUGUGCAUAG